AUGGACGACGAGUCCGACGACCCGCGCGACGUCGAGCUUAGCUCCCUCUCCGCGAUCUUCCCCGAGAUCCAGAGAGUCAACAGCGAUGACCCUUACACCAUCGCCCUCGACGUGCCCGUCAACCCGUCGAAGAACGUGCUCGUCUUCUUCCCCACGCCAACCGAAGCCCCAGCCAGCGCAUCAGCCCCUCACGGCGUUGGUCAUGGGGGCGAGCCGGCCAGCGGCGUACCGGCCAACCAGGCGAAUGUCGAUUCGCACGAGCUCUCGCACCUGCCCUCGAUCCGCCUCCAGAUAGCUCUCGGCCCCGGCUACCCCGCCAGCGACCCGCCGCAAACGUCGAUAUCCACGUCGCCGCCGUGGCUGCCCGCCGACGUCGUAAAGAGGCUGGAGGAUGACGGGCCCCGGCUGUGGGAAGAGAUGGGUCGGGACAUCGUCGGCUUCACCUAUAUCGACCACGUGCAGCAGUCUGCCGAGAGCGUGUUCGGGCUCAUCGACGAGGCGGGUGGCCUGGUGGUGGAUCCGGAGCACAAGAUCACGAUACUGGAUCAUGACAUCAGGGCUAAACGGGCGGCCUUUGAGAAGGGGACUUUUGACUGUGGUGUCUGUUUAGAUCCGAAGAAAGGCUCAGUAUGCCACCGGAUGUUGGACUGUGGACAUGUCUUCUGCACCGAGUGUCUACGAGACUUUUACAACAGUGCGAUCAAGGAAGGUGACAUCGCCGCGGUACGGUGUCUCGAGCCCAACUGUGCCAGGGAUCGUGAGAAGGCGGCUUUGAAGUCACCAUCAGCGUCAAGGAAGGGGAAGAAGGCCAAGACGUUCAUCAGCCCGAGCGAGCUUCUACAGAUUCCUCUUGAUCAAGAAGUUGUAAAACGCUACGUGACGUUGAAGUACAAGACCGAGCUGGAAUCCGACAAGAACACAAUCUACUGUCCCCGGUCUUGGUGUAAUGGCGCGGCGCGGUCCAAGAAGCACAGGAAACCCAGCGGACUCGAGCUUGUCGAGUCAUCCGAUGAAUCGGGAUCCGAGGCUGAGGAGGAGAACGGGACAGGCGAGCUGAAAUCCAAACCCUACAAGCCGAUGAAGGAUCUCCUCGCUAUCUGCGAGGACUGCGGGUUUGCCUUCUGCAGCCGGUGCAACAUGUCGUGGCACGGCGAGUUUGUCCGCUGCACCCCGCGGCGAGACAUGGAGGAGCUUACGGCCGAGGAGCAGGCGUCGCUCGAGUACGUCAAGCUUCACACGACGCCGUGCCCGACAUGCGCUGCCCCAGCCCAGAAGACGCACGGAUGCAACCACAUGAUCUGUUACCGGUGCCAGUCGCACUUUUGCUAUCUCUGCUCCGCCUGGCUCGACCCCGGCAACCCCUACCAGCAUUUCAACGAGAUGCCUGGCGGCAAGAAGACGGGCUGCUACAUGCGUCUCUGGGAGCUCGAGGACGGCGACGGCGACGACGUGGGCUACGGCUUCGCAGGGGGUCCCGCGCAGCUCGCUGCCCCGGCAGUGGCGGCGGAGGUCGUACCUGAGAUCGAGGAGGCCGAGGAAGACGAGGAGACUGAGGCCGCUCGGCGGGCUGCGCAGGAAGAACUAUGGCGCCGAAACCCGCUGGAGAACGACGGACAGGUGGCCUUUGCUCGCGAGGGCCCUCUGGUCCUUCGAAUCGCGGGCAACCAGCCAGUGGCUGCAGACCGUGGCGUCGCUCGCGCCCGGGCCGACCCAGCGCUCGCGGCGGCGCUGCCUGUCCGAGUCGGGCCGCAGGGUAAUGCAAAUCAGCAGGCAAAUCAGCAGGCAAAUCAGCAAGCGCGCAACCAUCUGCAGCGUCGCAACGACGCAGUAGCAGCGCAUGGACGGCAGGUCCCCGGCGCCGAUAACGUCGUCCCCGGCGGAGGCGAUCUAGAUGCAGAGCAGCGCGCCUGGGUCAGGCAGUUUGUGCAGCUCGCGCUCAACGACGAGGAGGAUGCCCUCCUCCUCGAGCUAGACAGCGAUAGCGACGACUUCCAAUGA